GACACUUGCCGUCAUGAAUUGUGCAAAUGACAUACAGCAAAUGUGUCCGUGUCUAUCGUCAGAAUUGAGAAAAAUCGCAAUAAAAAUUAUUAAAAACGUAUGAAGAAAAUUGCUAGUGUGAUCAUGAGAUAGUGCGAAUGAAAGAGACAGAUCGAUGUCAUUGGGAAAAAUGCAAAUUUUCUCAGAAUGAACAGAUCAGUUAUGGUGUACAAAUCAGCAAUCCGAAUUCAGUGUAAGGGUUCAAUAAUUCAUUUUUGUGUUCAGAAAUACGACGAUUCGAUGAUUUGCUGAAUUCUGUUUGAAAAUCAUUUGAAUGUGUGUUUUUUUCCGAAAACGGUAUGUGUCCUAGUUGAAUCGAACGAAGACAGUCGAAAAUACACAAAGACAUAUGCAAAUCAAUCAAUUAGCUGCGACGCAACAAAUACAUCGACGCAGCCACACAUAUACCGAAUCAGCAAUAAACGUCAAGUUGACGGCCGCUGUUUUGUUGUCAUCAUUCUGCGGUAUGAGCUAUGUGUUGCUAUGAACAGCAAUUGAACGAGCAAUAUUGAGCAAUUGAAUAAGCAAUACAAAAAGUCAAAGUGGGUCACGGAAAUUUCAGAACAAAGACGUUCAAGGUGCAUUUUGUGAGCAAAUUGACAUCGCAUCAAAAUGGCUGGUGAAAUCGUCCAACUGAGUGGAAUCACUCCCAAACUGGUUCAAGUCAUAUCAAAACCAGUGCGCAAGCGUGACAACGAUGAUUCGGAUCUGCCGAACAAACGACGCAAAUCGACCGACGACAAAAUUCCGGGAUGCAGCACCAAAAUUACCGAUGUGAUCGAUGACUGUUUGGAGGUCAUAUUCGGGCAUUUGCAGUUCAAAGAUCUCUCCUGUGCGGCGAUUGCCCAUGAACACUUUCGAGUCGCUGCUGGUUUGAUCUUCGGUCGCAAGUACGGGCAAAAGGAAAUUCGCCUGAUGUCCGACGGUAUCACUGUGUUCCACGACGACAAUCACAAGCACAGUGUCUAUCAUGGGUUCAGCGUGAAAAAGCCGUCGUACUACAUGGAAUUCCUGCAGAGUCUCGGCGGUCGCAUAUCAAAACUGAACAUUGGCCUGGGUAACGGUUUGUACAAAACCAUUGAGCCGACUUUGCUGAAAACCUGUGUGGAUUCAUUGGUCGAACUCACUUUGCAUUAUCCACAUCUGGGUCCAUCAAAACUGCUUGACGUAUUCGCCGGCAUCAAAAAGCCGUUCCCGAACGUGGUCAAACUCUGUCUGCACGGCUGCCACUUGAACAAACAGGCUUCACGAUUGGGUGUUUGGUUCCCUAAACUCCAACGUUUGACAAUCUUCGACAGCACAUUUGGCGAUGCAAAGCUCGUUGUGACCAAGUAUCCGCUGCUUGAACACUUUUCAGUGGGUGGCUGGAAGGACGAAAAUACUUUGACACAGUCACAGAUCUACGCAAUGCUUCGUUUGAAUCCGCAAAUCCAUAGUUUGGACAUUGGAUUGGCUGCUGAUGGUUAUGAGCUCGAUAUUUAUCGACGCAUCAACAAGAUUCUGCCUCAGCUGCAGAACCUGAAUUUGUGCUGGGAAAUGAACAGUUUCAAGCAACACGAUGGCAAAAAAGUCACAUUCAAAAACGUCAAGAGCCUGGUACUGGACUUCGGCUUCAAUUCAUUCAGCGGUGCACGAGUUUUGCCAUUGGUUUUCAGUCAAUUGACCGAGCUGGAGAUCAACAAUAUUCCACUGUUGACGGGUGAUUGGAUGGACUUCAUCGUCCAGCACAAAGCAUUGACGAAGUUGAGUGUGCUCCCAUUCAACGAAUAUGAGUUUUAUUUCGAUCGGCCCAACAAUCAAGAUCUGAUGCGAUUAGGUAAAGAGUUGAGCAAUCUCAACACUUUGACCAUUGAUGCUACCGAAAUUUCCACCAUCUGCCUGCUUCAGUUCAUGCAAAUGUCCAAAACACUGACUGAACUUCGAUUGCACUGGAACGAUUGCUAUGCAUUCACUUCAUUUCAUCAUGACCUUCUGCAACAUGGACCAGGCAUCUUUGCACAGAUUCGAGACCAUUGGCACAUUCCACCGAAGAUAACCAACCCAUUCGUACUCAAACGCAAGGCCGACUGAAUCGAUGUAGGAUUUGCAGAAUUUUCUAACAAUUUAAUCAUUCAAUGCAGUAAAUUGAAGAAAACAUUCACACGUUUGUUUCACAUUAGGCUAAAGAGACUUUUUUUUAGAGAGAAUAGUUUUUUUUACCCUUUUUUUCAUUUUUACAGAACAUAUUUGUAGCCACCAUUUUUUUCGUCGUGAAUUCAUACGAUUUUUUAUUGAUAGAUCGAUUCUUAUCAUAAAAACGCAACAUAAUCAAACAUUCAGAUUUUGACGAGUAGCAAAGUACAGUAUAUGUUAUUGAUUAGGGGACAAAGGAAUCUUUUCCUUAGGUUGAUACCUCUCACAUGGAAUCAAUUCACGCUUUGUAAUGAACAAUGAAAAUAAAUUUCAAAGAAA